UUGUUUUGAGAGUAGCAAUAUGGCCACUGACUUGUUGGCAGACUUUCCGAUAUUUCUUUUAUGAACCUCGCCUAAACUUCCAGCAUGACUUAGUUUGGACAUUCCUCAUUCCAUCACCGAAGUAUGACUUUGAUCUAAGAUUUGUCUGUGCUGCUGAGGUACAGCUGUAAUGGCUGAGAGAGGUCAAGGUGUAUACAACCUCCGCAAAAGAAUGGUUCCCACCCGCCUCACCUCCAGCCCUAUCCCUCCCACCGACAUCACCAUGACCUCAACCGGCCAUGAACCUGCCACAAAACUUAAUGAUCUGAAAUCUAAACAUUUGAAUGGGAGAACAUUAACGCAAGAAGGUUCGCCAAGUACAAAUGAUGACGACGAUGAUGAAGAGGAAGAGACUAUAUUUGAUAACAACGUAGACACCAGGCCACUGUUAAAUGCUAGCUCAUCUCCGGAUAGUGAUCCCGAUCCUGGUGAUGUGGAGGCAAAUCAACCUAUCAGGGAGGAGACCUGGUUUGAGAUAGCACUGCAGGUCUUCUUCCCCUAUAUUGUAGCAGGCUUUGGCACUGUGGGAGCAGGCAUGGUCUUAGAUGUUGUACAGCAUUGGGACGUGUUUGUAAAUGUUUCUGAAGUGUUCAUCCUGGUUCCCGCCCUGCUCGGAUUGAAAGGGAACUUGGAAAUGACAUUGGCUUCAAGAUUGUCCACACAGGCCAAUCUGGGGAAUCUGGAUUCAAAGAAGGAAAUGUGGAGUCUGAUUUGUGGGAAUAUGGCUUUAGUUCAGGCUCAAGCCAUCGUUGUUGGGUUCCUGGCGUCCAUGGUAGCCAUGAUAAUGGGCUGGAUCCCUCAGGGGAAGUUUGAUCUGUACCAUGGUCUGUUGCUGUGUGCCAGUAGUAUGUUCACUGCAGCGGUAGCUAGUUUUGUUUUGGGUGCUGUGAUGGUGGGUGUAGUUGUGGUCUCCAGAAAAGUAAAGAUAAACCCGGACAAUGUAGCUACACCUAUAGCAGCCAGUCUUGGUGAUCUCGUCACCCUCUCUCUACUGGCGGGAGGUAGUCUAGUCCUGUACGCCAGUCUUGGUAAACAUUUGUGGAUGGCUCCCACCAUUAUUGGUCUCCUGGUAGCCCUCAUUCCUCUCUGGCUGUACAUAUCUGUAAAAAAUAAAUAUACCAACGUGGUAGUCUACUCUGGCUGGACACCUGUACUUAGUGCUAUGUUUAUUAGUAGUGUUGGUGGUUUAAUUCUAGAUUUUACCGUAUCUAGAUACCAUGGCAUUGCUGUGUUUCAACCUGUGAUUAAUGGUGUAGGAGGUAACUUAGUGGCAGUGCAUGCCAGUCGCCUCACUACUGCUUUACAUCUAGUCUGUAAGCCGGGGAGGCUGCCAGCAACGAUUACUCGUGGCUGUCCCAAUCCAGGCAGUGCUUUCUGUGGUCAAAGUACCAAUGCCAACGCGGCGCGAGUCCUGUUGGCGUUAGUGAUACCUGGACACCUUAUAUUUAUGUUCACUAUAUCAUACAUGAAAGCUGGACACACAUCUAUCACUAUAACAUUUGCUGGCAUUUACCUCACCGCCUCUCUACUUCAGGUGAUCAUCCUGUUGUAUCUUGCCCAUUGGAUGGUACACUUUGUGUGGCGGCUGGGAGAGGACCCUGACAACGUAGCCAUCCCCUAUCUGACUGCCAUCGGUGAUCUGCUGGGAACAGCAUUCCUGGCUUUAGCCUUCCACCUCCUCUACCUCAUAGGGGACAAGGAUGCUGAUGUGGGAGAGUAAUCAAUGUACACAGAAUUUAACGUCCUCCUGAACAUGGAAUGAAUUGAAGUUUAAGACAGACUGUUUCAAACAGAUAAGUCUUAACUACAUAAUACAAGUCAAAAGACAAUACGGAUAUUUCAUCCAGUUUAUGGAAAGGAAUAAAAUGAUAGUCAUGAAAAGUGAAAUGUAAGUGAAGCCUGGAUAGAAAAUGCGCUAUUAUUUAUGAAAGGUUGUGGUAAAACGUUACUAACCAAGAGACUUAUUUUAAUAGAAAACUACGUAGAGAUUGUGAUUUUAGAAAUGUUGACUGUGAUGAAUGAGAUGGUGGAGUAAUGAUGAAGAAUGACAGUUGUUAACUGGGAGUUAUGUUUACUAUAGAUAAUUUAUCAUUGCAAUUAGUAUAUAUGAUAACAAAAAACAUGUUUGUUACCACCGUUAUUUUUAAAGUGAUGGGAAUGAAAGUGAAUUGUGUACAGUUUGCAAUUCACACUGUAUCUUUUUUGAGUAGAAUAUUGAUUUGUUGAAUUAACAUUGAACAUUGUUGGGUAGGAAGUGUUUUUAGUGGAAAUGUUACUGUUCUAUUUCAUAGUACAUUAAAAGCUACCAGAUGAAAGCUGUUGUGAAUAUUGGGCUGUGUGCGAUAAUUCGGUGUUUUAAUACUGUAACAGAAUUGUGAUAUAAACCUGGGAACUACAGGGUCAAUACACAAUUUAUGGGUGUCAGCGUCGGAGAAUUAAUUAGGAAUUAAUUCUGUUGCCUGUAAAUGUGUGCUGUGCCUCUACUGUAAAGCAUCUUUUAUGUACCUGUUGUUAACUGACAAUAAUGAAGAUGGGCUACCACUAUUUUUUGGUACAAUUGUAUUUUCAAGAUUUGCUGACAAGCAUAUGGCAUUGUAUUGCAGUAAAACAAGUGUUAAGUAAGUGAGAAUGUAGACAUUUCAUUGCAUUUAGAUACAAUUCAGAAUUCCAUCCUGUCAAGCUGACAGUGGCACAUGCUUUGUUUGUGUGGUAUAGGAUGGGUCUACUUUCAAGGGUUCCCAGGAUUUACGCUUGCCUUGAUGUGAACAUAGAGAUUUCCACAAGCAAAUAGAUACUACAAAGGUGAUAGUGGUUUGACUAAAUGCAGUGACAUGUUAUGAGCCAUAACCAAGUCUCAAACAAUUUAUUUAGUAACCUUCAGUAACUUCAACAUUUUCUUUUACUAGUCAUUUUCAAGGAAGAUUCUGAACUUGCUUCAUGGAGAAAAAAACAUCCAUAACCAUCAUCUGUUUUAAGUAUUGAAAUGCUGCCAGAAGACUGUGAGAAGUGAUCUUUGACCUAUUUAAUGGUGUAUAAGGCACAGUCACACCCUUUAACAGAGAUAGCUAAUGUUUAAAUGUAUGUGAUCCUAGUUUUAGUAGCUGAAGCUAUCAACAAGGGUUACAGUAAACCUCCGGUCAGUUCUAUUAGAUUAACAUAAUUGUAAUGUAUUGGUGGAGGUGCCAAAAUAAUUGAGCUGUGUCUUUACUGUGCCUUACAGAAGCGUGACCGUACUAAUACAGUCAUGUUGUUGUAACGAAGGUACAGACAGUAACAGGGAGGAGUAGUCACAGUUCGUUAUUGUCUGGUUCAUGUACGUCCAGAUUGUCUUAUCUCAAAUCACCAUUAACUGGGAAAAAAUAUGUUUUAUUGAAGAGAUGUAUGUGUUCAAAUAGUGUUUCAACUGAAACUGCCAGAAAGUUUACGGCACUUGCAGAAAAUACUUAUUUUAAUGUUGAGUUGUUAUAGUUUUGUAUAUAAAGGAUGCAGUCCUGUACCACAUUCCAGUCAUGAUGUCUCCAUAACUCCUAAUUAACUUACUACACCCCUUAACAGGAACUCACUGGGAUGUGGAUAGUUCACAUUUAUAUUGUGUUGGCUAUGAACAUUUAACAUGGGAACAAAAACUAACACAUACACCAAAUCUCCUAUGUUUUCUUUUCCAGAACAUUCUGAUUGUGAGAAAUCAGGCUCCUUUAUAUGGGGAUGAAAACUAUGUUGGUUGAGUUUGGGAUGUUUUCUUUAUUUUCUGAUCUGUUCUAACACUUAAUGGGAUGUUAGAAAUCAGGCAUUUUGUUAUAUUGGGUUAAAAAAAACUUAACAUGGCAAUUAAAUCAGAAAGGUUUAUUCUUACUGAACUAUUGUACAUGGAAAGUCAGACUUUUUGUUAUAUAAGAUAUUAUUUUGGCAAUAUUUAUUGUUAAACUGGAUUGGUAUUUUUUACCAUUUACUGUCUGUUUUCAAAAUAACGCAAACAAUUUUUCUAUUGAAUGAGAAAUAGCAUAAACAAAGUUUUUGUCAACAGCUGCAGUUAUUGUGUGUUUUCAUGUUUGUACCUGCAACUGAGGCUCCCUACAAAUUGAUACACUAAUAAACAUGUUGCCUAAAUACACAUA